AUGUGUUUUUCCCCCACUCACAAGCAAGUGCACACAAAAAGAGACAGCAACAAUUGUAGCAUCAGAAAUAACAGCGUCAACAAUAGCAGCAUCCACAAUAGCAACAGCAACAACAACAAUGGCAACAACAGCAGCGGAAAUUCGUUUGUGAAGGCGAGCAAAAAUGGAACUGCUCGAGAGGAGGACAACAUAAUUAACAAAAUAAAGGAGCUGAAUUUAGUUUUGCUCCAAAAUAAGGAUGAAAUAGAAAGCCUGCGACAGGAGAACGAGGCCUUUUCCUCCCAGAUCUCCAACUUCGUGAAAAAGUGCAAAGAACUGCAGUGCAUGUGCAGCGAGAGGGAAAAGGACAUCGCGAAAUUAAAGCAAAAUGAGAAAUGCCUCGUGCAGGAAAUAAGCAAACGGAAAAAGGAAAAAAGCGAACUGGAGGAUAAAAUAAACAAACUGGAACAGGAGGGGACAAGCAAAAGUGCGCACAUCUUUCAAGUGGAAUGCGAAAAAGACAAUUUAUUGAAAGAGCUACAGGAAAGAGACAAACAAAUAAAUGUUCUUCAUGGAAAAAUAGAAGAGCUGGGGGGACAAAUCACACUUCUGCGGAACGAAAAUGCAAAAAAUAAACAGGACGUAACCAAUAAUUUAAAAAAACAAGACGAAAUAAAUGAACAUAUAAACACGAAGGACAGCAAAAUUACGGCACUGGAAGAGAAGACACAAAAAUUGAACAAAGUCGUAAGGGACAAAAUGGAAGAAAACGAAAACUGUAAAAAGAAAAUACAACAACAGUGUGCCAAAAUAGUUCACUUGAAGGAUAAAAUCCAAAUCUUAGAAAAGGAACAAGAAAAUAAUAAAGAAAAAAUUAAAAAAUAUAUUGAUAACAUUAAAAGUUUAAAAAAAAAUAAUCAUAAGAUGAAUGAACGGAAUAGGGAAAGCCAACAGGAGGAACAACGCAAAGAGCUGGAGGAUGUCAUUUUUAACUCCCAAGUUUAUAGACUGAGCAGAAAAAUGGGCACACGUAAAAAAAGCCCCAAUUAUUCGAACGUACCCAACAGUGCAAAGAACGCAAAAAGUGCAAAUUUGGGGGGGACUAACCCGUUGCUUUCGCCUAAUAAGCGUAGUGAUAAAAACCCUCUUAGCAGCGACAGCAGUAGCUGCGGCGGAAGUAGCGAUGGAGAAAUCGUCAGCUUCUCCAGUAAAUACAAUUUAAGUAAAAAUAUGAGCAAGGGGGGGAAACAACAGGGAAAAAAAAGAAAUGAAAAUGGAUGA